AUGCAAAACGAGAUUGAAGAACGUUUAAAGCUUAGUUCUUACGGAGAAGGUUCUCCUAGGAAGGGAUGGCUUUACAAUAUGGGCCCGACUCAUAUUAUAGACCCAAAGAAACGCGUAUCUUUGUCUGGAUUGGAUCUUUAUUUCUUGCAGGAAGAUUUAACUCCAUUCAAAUCCACCAUUAUGUAUAGUCCAUACUUCUACGUUGGCUGCAAAGAUGGAACUCAUGACAGAGUCCGAGAAUACUUGACCGCAAGAUUCAAAGAAAUACGUCGAAUUGAGGAAGAGACUAGGAAACAAGAUCUUCAAAAGCCAAAUCAUCUUUUAAAUCCAUCGGUCAAAUAUUUGAAACUAUUAUUUAACAAUGAGAAAGACUUAGUGGAAGUUCGUAAAUACAUUCUGCCUGCAGUUAGAGAGAACCAAAAAUUGGCUGCUUCGAAUAUCAAUCUCGACUACAGCAAAAGGAAAAAUACAAGAAUCGAUGAAUAUGAAAAGAUCUCAUAUAUGAAUGACAUACGUGAAUAUGAUGUUCCUUAUUAUCAUCGGGUCGCCAUCGAUAAAGGUAUUAGAGUUGGUCGUUGGUAUACAGUCCGAGCAAAGCCGAGUUAUGAGGGACCUCAAAUUAGUUUGACCUUGCAAGAGGAUAUGCUUGAAAACCCAGAAGUUGUUGUUCUUGCCUUUGAUAUUGAGACUUAUAAAGAUCCGCUUAAAUUUCCCGACUCAUCUAAAGACCCUAUAAUGAUGAUAUCUUAUAUGAUUGAUGGCGAUGGUUAUUUGAUUACUAAUCGAGAAAUAAUCGCCGAAGAUAUUGAAGAUUUUGAGUAUGUCUCGAAACCAGAAUUCGCAUCAAAAUUCCAUAUAUAUAAUGAAGCCAAUGAGGUGUCACUGAUCAGACGUUUUUUUCAGCACAUCAAUCGUGUAAAGCCUCAUGUAAUAGUAACCUAUAAUGGUGACUAUUUUGAUUGGCCUUUCGUCGCAGAACGAGCAGCAUCGCACAAUAUUAAUAUUUACUAUGAAAUCGGAUUUACAAAAGUCGAGGCAGGAAAUGACAGUUAUUAUCAUAGCAAGCAUUGCCUACACAUGGAUUGUUUUAAUUGGGUUCAGAGAGAUAGUUAUCUUCCUGCUGGUAGUCAAGGUCUGAAAGCAGUCACAAAGGUCAAAUUAGGGUAUGAUCCUCUUGAAUUAGAUCCCGAAGAUAUGGUCCCAGCUGCAUUUGAACGACCACAAGAAUUGGCACAAUAUUCCGUUUCUGAUGCAGUUGCUACGUAUUAUCUUUAUAUGGAGCAUAUCCAUAGUUUCAUAUUUUCACUAGGUAACCUGAUCCCUCUCAAUCCUGAUGAUGUACUACGUAAAGGUUCAGGCACAUUAUGCGAACUUUUGCUCAUGGCGGAAGCGUAUCGUGCUAAUAUAUUGUUCCCAAAUAAACAUACAGAUGAAUUGGAAAAGUGGGACAAUGCAAGGUUUCUGGAUUCUGAGACUUAUGUUGGUGGUCACGUUGAGGCUUUGGAAGCUGGUGUAUUUCGAUCAGAUAUCCCAAUUGAAUUUAAAAUUGAUCAUGAUUCCAUCCAAAAGCUUAUCGAGAAUGUAGAUGAUGUCCUGAAGUUCGGUUUAGAUUCUGAGGAAAGAGGUGAAGAUUUAAUUUCAGAUAUUAUCAAUUAUACUCAAGUCCGAGAACAAAUAAUCGGAUCUUUACAAAAUCUUCAAGAAAAGUCACUGCAUGAGACUAGCCUUAUUAUGACGCCAGCAAUAUAUCAUUUCGAUGUGGGCGCUAUGUACCCCAAUAUUAUUUUAACAAAUCGUUUACAACCCGAUGCAAUCCGUGCUAAGACCAAAAACAAUUUGUGCAAUCAUAAAGUAUCUGGCAUAUCUUGUGAUCGACCUAUGAAUUGGACUUGGCGUGGCGAAGUCUUUUCACUGAACAAAGAUGAAAUAGAACAUUGCCGAAGUUUACUCAAAUUAAAAACAUACGAGAAUGUUAAACACGCUGAUUUAUCAUCAGAGAAGCAAAACGAGAUAAUAAAGAAAAGCUCCAACAAAUUCUCUGAUUUAUCACCAUACAAACAAGCCGAGCUAAUAAAGAACAGUAAUAUCAAAUAUUCUGAUCUAUCAACAGAAAAACAAGUCGAUCUAUUAAAGAAACGGGUCCAAGAAUAUGGCCGGGCUAUUGGGCGCACAGUCAAAACUACGAUACUCGAAGAUAGGGAAGUGAUUGUAUGCCAACGCGAAAAUCCUUUUUAUGUUAACACUGUCAGAAAUUUUCGCGAUGAACGGUACAAAUACAAGCGUCUGUUGAAGGAUUGGAAGAAAAAAUUGGAAAUCGCAAAGCGUUCUGAUGAAUUCAAAAUUGCAAAAAAUCGGGUUGUCCUGUUCGAUUCAUUACAGAUCGCUCAUAAAUGCAUCUUGAAUUCUUUUUACGGCUAUGUUAUGAGGAAAGGCUCUCGUUGGUAUUCAAUGGAAAUGGCUGGUGUAGUGUGUUUAAUUGGUGCAAAGAUAAUUCAAAUGGCUAAACAAUGGGUGGAAACUGUAGGACGACCCUUGGAAUUAGAUACGGAUGGAAUAUGGUGCAUGCUUCCUUCAACUUUUCCACAACAAAUAACCUUUACUUUAACCAGUAAUAAAUCUAUUACUUUGUCUUAUCCUUGUGUCGUACUCAAUUAUUUAGUGAGAAGAGAUUUCACCAAUCAUCAGUAUUGCGAUAUGAAUAGUAAAACCGGAAAAUAUGAAAUGCACAAUGAAAAUUCUAUUCUAUUUGAACCUGAUGGACCAUACCGUGCAAUGAUAUUACCGGCAAGUGAAAAAGCGGAUAAAAAGCUGAAAAAAAGAUAUGCAGUAUUUAACGAUGCUGGGAAACUGGUUGAAUUAAAAGGGUUUGAGGUGAAACGUCGUGGCGAAUUAAAGCUGAUAAAGAUUUUCCAAGAAAGUAUAUUUCCUCUUUAUCUUAAAGGAACAAGUCUCGAACAAAGCUAUGAAGCUGUUGUAAAGGUUGCAAAUAGUUGGCUUGAUCUACUUGAAAACAAAGGAGAUGGAAUGAACGAGGCAGAACUGAUUGAAUUAAUUUGCGAAGGCAAGAACAUGUCGCGCACGUUAGAAGACUAUGGGAAUGCAAAGUCAACUCAAAUUACGACUGCUAAGCGUCUUAAGGAAUUUCUUGGUGCAGAAAUGGUACAAGAAAAGGGAUUAGCUUGUAGAUUUAUUAUUGGGGCAAAACCAAGUGGUCUUGAUGUCAGUCAAAGAGCGAUUCCAAUCGCAAUCUUUUCUGCAGAUCUCCCGGUAAAGCAACAUUUUUUGAGAAAAUGGUUGAAUGAUCCUGGUAUUCAGAGUGUCGAUAUACCUGAUAUCGUGGAUUGGGGGUAUUAUUCGGAAAGAUUAAAGCGCGUGAUUCAAAAACAAAUCUCGAUCCCAGCUGCUAUGCAAGGAUUGCAGAAUCCUAUUCCAAGGGUUCCACCUCCAAAAUGGCUUAUAGAUCAAGAAAAAGCAAAGAACAAUAAUCAACGUCAUAUUGACGAGAUGUUUAUAAAAUUGGCAAAAGAUUCUGUCGGAAGAGAGAACAAAAUUGCUUUAUCUCGUCCAGAUGAUUCCAAUAAUAUGGAAAUCGCAGAUGAAUCAGAUACCAUUAAUGCGAUGGAAAUUGAUGAAAACGUUGCUGAGGCUUCUUCCCGCAAGCGGAAAAAUAACGUUUCUCAAGAAGAGGCAAAUGAAGAGACAAAUGAAGAGACAAAUGGACAGAACAAAAAAACACCACGAAAUAAAACUAAAAGAUCCAGAAAAUUGCAAAAUCAACCGCUUAUCACCUCUCAGUUUGGAUUAGAUUCAAGUUGUCCAAACGAUAUCAUCAUUUUUCAAAUCAUUCCCACAAACAUUACGGGUGAAUUGCGUGUCUUUGCAUUUUCAAGAAAUCAGCUAUACCCGAUAACUCUCACGGUGCCACGUAUACUUUAUGCUAAUUCACGUAAAUCAGAACUAGCAGAUAAUAUAAAAGCUAUGUGCGAUCAAGUUAUUAAAGUCAAACGUACUUUACCUGGAUCACGCGUGCUUUAUCAUCUCUUUGAAUUAUUCAUUAAAGAAAAAGACUUUGAAAAGAAUCUUGGUAUUUUAAUGAGGGACAAUAGUUUAGAGGGUGUUUACGAAUCGAAAACACCUUUGACACAAAGAGUUAUCAAUAAAUUAGGAUUCUUGUGCAUUGCUAAUGCUAAAGGACAAAGUCUGCUUAAUAGCAGAUGCAAUCUCAUGGAUAUUAAUGUAUCAAAAAGCAAAAAUCCCAGUAUUCCGCUUGAUAAGUUCUCUUACUUAUAUCUUAUACAUAUUGUAACUGAAUAUGGCGUUAUUUGGGCAUUGUUUCACUCUAAAAGAGUCGAGGCGCAAUUUUUUAUUCUUAAUAAGCAUUCAAAUCAAAUAAUCACAGAUCUUACAAUAGAACAUACUUAUGAAAAAAUCUGGAAAGAUAUCAUCGAAGAGAAAAAAGUCAUCUUAGAGUACAAACCAUCUUUAACAGUAUUUAAAAGAAAUUAUCGCGACCAUGAUGACGUUUUUAGAGAUAUUUCACAUGAACUGCGACAAUUCCAUGGACCAACACUUAUGAUUAUUCAAUCCAAAAACAAUAAACCUUUAGGCAGAGAAAAGAUCACGCAAUUUCCGAUUAUUUUCAUGUAUCCUCCGAAAUUGAUUCAGAAGCAAUUGAAUCCAUUAGAUUGGCAAAGAAAGGUCGUUGAGGCAAUAUGUCAUAAUUAUUUUGAAGUUGGGUCCUGGAUCAGCCAUCGAAUUGAUAUUGCCAAAUACACGAAUAUUCCUGUAUGCAAUCUUCCAAAAGAUUGGCAAUUGUAUGCGAUGGACGUCCAGUUUUCAAGGCAUCUUCAGAAUAAUGGACAACUUUUAUGGUGGUCGGCGUCUGGUGAACCAGAUUAUGGGGGACAUGAAUUUGAUAAAAAUUCAUAUGUUAUGGACAUUUAUUCUGCUACUGAAUUCAAUAACCCUGGCUAUUAUAAGACGAUAUGCCUCGAAAUGAAGGUUCACGAUCUGUUGUUCAAUGCAAUAUUGAAGUAUGAAAAAAUUUCGAUGCCCGAAAUGCCUGAUUCUUUAAAAAGUCUAAAGAUUAUGGUUAAGCAAUGGCAUUUUGAUGCUUUAACACAGGGUAAAGAAUCGCUUGACAAAGAAAUGAAGGAUCAUUUUCAUCGUUGGCUUAGUUCUCCUGAAGCUAAUAUGUAUGAUCCGCGUCUUAGUGGAGCUGUGAAAAGAUUGAUGACCAAUGUUCUUUGGGAAUUAUAUAAUAAACUUGGAAAGGUGAUCUAUAUUGAUUUUGGAAGAAUAAUAGUAGACACUACAAAGCCUAAAAGUACCACCCAAGAAAUCAGCGAACACUUUAAUAUUAUUAAAAGUGAAAUAUCAAACACUGAUCGUCUUCAGACAUUAAAGCUUCAGCCUAAUAAAUUAUGGACACAACUUUUAUGGGAAGACUCUUCAAAUUAUGGAGGGCUCUGCAUGAGCGAAGGCAAAAAAAAGGAAAUUCAGAUGUCAUGGAAUAUGGCGAGUUAUCUGCCUAAAGAUUUGGUCGGUCCUUUCGAAAAUACUAUAAGAUUUUUUAUCAUUAAAACGUCUGAUUUUUUGAUGAAAAAAAAUUUUAACCUCGACAAUGGAUUUGAAGAUGAUGAAACCUUGGAUAUGUAUAAAGAUAUCUUUAUCGAAACCAUCAACAAGAUAAAGCAAAUACUUUCGGCUAUAAAGUGUCAAGAAAUUAAAGGGGUAGUCUAUAAAUUCCCGGAACUUCCUGGAUCGGUAUAUCGAAAAAACAAUGCCGCACUUGAAUUUCUCAAAUACACAUUUCGAAUCUUUAAAUUGGACCCCGAACUUGAAGAGUCAGCAGAAGACGAAAAGCAAAAUUUGAUGAAAUUCAUUGAAAUUAGCCCAUUUAGUAAGUUUGCCAAAUUUAUGAAUCCGGCUGGAUCAUUAAAGAUACCGAUUUCUUGCUAUGAGUGCGGAUUCAUGCGUGAUGUUGAUCUUUGUCGUGAAGAUUAUUCGGGAUGUACUUGCAAAAAAUCAUAUAACAAAGAUAUAUUUGAGGAGAAUUUAGUUGCAUGGGUGGAGCGUCGUAUAAUGGCAUUUCAGUUGGGAGAUUUAAGAUGUGUUCAUUGUAGAAGGCCAAUUAAAGAUCUUCAGGAUAAUUGUGAUUGUGGUAAUGCUUACAAGAUGGAACAGGAUCGCAAUGGGUUAAUGGAACAAUUACAUAUUCUUUCUGAAAUAUCUAAGCUUAAUAACAUGAUUUUAUUGAACGAAAUUGUGGGUAGAACUCUUAAAUUUUCUUUUUGUCGUUAA